CAUCACCUCCGGAAGCAACUGUCUCCCUCCUGCGAACUUUCCCUUCCUCAGCUUAUAAAUCCGCGUUUUGAUCUUUCUUGCUCCAUUCUAUUCUCGGACACCUCUGCUCUCUCAUUCAAACCGCUCGAUCUGAUUCUCCUCAAACUGUAAGUAAACGAAUUUGCCAUAUUUUUUCCAUUAUAUUGGCUUAGUGAUCAGUUUAGACUUUGGAUCUUCUAGCUUUAUUAAUUUAUUCUCCCUAUAUAUUAUUACCCAAUUUUCUUUCAUACACCCUAAUCUUUUCUAGCUCUGUGAAGAUCAACAGAGUCGUACAAAAUAAAUACUGUUUUUUUUUUUUUUAAAAGUCAAGUGAUUUCUUUAUCUGGGCUGUGGUUAUUUGGUUGGGCAAAUGACUACUGGUAGCCAUAUUGGGAUCUCUACCAUGAAGCCUUGUUGUAAAAUCCUAAGUAGCUGUAAAAGUUCGUCUCUUUUUGGGUUUUCUCCAACCAAGUUUAAUGACUCAAUCAUGGACAUCUUGUCCAAAUCAUAUCCCAAAUCCGUGCAUCGGCACAGAUACCAUACCUGUAAUACUCAAAUUGUAAGGUGUAUUCAUUUAAUCAAUCUGAAUCGGAGAGAUUUUAGCAUUUCCGGUUCAAAUUGGGGUCACUCUAGAAUUUUUAGUAAUAGUUGUGUUAAUAUAGGCAGUUGUAGGGGCAUUUCAUUGAUACCGAAUGCAGUCUCGGAUUUUAGAAACCAUUCUACAUCGGUUGAUUCUCAGGUUAGUGACCCAAGCUUUGAGAAGAUUUAUAUUCAAAGAGGAUUAAAUGUGAAGCCCUUGGUGUUUGAAAGAAUUGAAACUGGUCAAAGUAUAUUGGAAGAAGUCCCCGAAGAUAGAACUAAUGAGUCAAAUGUGAAUAUAGAUAAUUUGAAGGGUUUGAAUGAGGGUAAGGUUGAGAGGGAGGUGUCUGAGAUUGAAAAGGAAGCUUGGAAGCUGCUUCGAGGUGCUGUUGUCACUUAUUGUGGGAAUCCAGUUGGGACUGUUGCAGCUAAUGAUCCUACGGACAAACAGCCAUUGAAUUAUGAUCAAAUCUUUAUCCGUGAUUUUGUUCCAUCAGCACUUGCCUUUUUGCUCAAUGGCGAAGGAGAGAUUGUCAAGAAUUUUCUACUUCACACACUGCAAUUGCAGAGUUGGGAGAAGACUGUUGACUGUUACAGCCCAGGGCAAGGGCUGAUGCCAGCAAGCUUUAAAGUUGGAACUGUGUCUCUUGAUGGAAGCAAUGAAGCAUUUGAGGAGGUUUUGGAUCCUGAUUUUGGUGAAUCAGCUAUUGGCCGUGUAGCACCUGUUGAUUCUGGAUUAUGGUGGAUCAUUUUGUUAAGAGCUUAUGGGAAACUCACUGGCGAUUAUGCAUUGCAAGAAAGAGUGGAUAUCCAAACUGGCAUGAAACUGAUUCUUAAGCAGUGUCUGACCGAUGGAUUUGACAUGUUUCCUACUUUAUUAGUCACCGAUGGUUCCUGCAUGAUUGAUAGACGGAUGGGUAUUCAUGGUCAUCCUCUUGAGAUCCAAGCAUUAUUUUAUUCAGCCUUGCGCUGCUCACGCGAGAUGCUGAUUGUCAGUGAUGCAACCAAGAGUCUGGUAGCUGCCAUUAAUAAUCGCCUAAGUGCUCUCUCUUUUCACAUGAGAGAAUAUUAUUGGGUUGAUAUAAAGAAGAUUAAUGAAAUAUAUCGUUACAAGACAGAAGAGUAUUCUGACGAUGCUGUUAACAAGUUUAACAUCUAUCCGGAGCAAAUUCCUCCUUGGCUGGUUGACUGGAUCUCUGAGGAAGGUGGAUACUUCAUUGGCAAUUUACAACCCGCUCACAUGGACUUCAGGUUUUUUACACUUGGAAAUCUUUGGACCAUCAUUUCUUCUCUAGGCACAACCAAACAGAAUAGGGGCGUUUUGAAUUUAAUAGAGGCAAAAUGGGAUGAUCUUGUUGCUCAAAUGCCUCUUAAGAUAUGCUAUCCUGCCCUGGAGAGUGAUGAAUGGCGCAUAAUCACUGGCAGUGACCCCAAGAACACCCCGUGGUCAUAUCACAAUGGAGGAUCAUGGCCAACACUUCUCUGGCUGUUCACUUUGGCCUGCAUCAAGAUGGGACGUCCUGAUUUGGCACAGAAGGCCGUUGAUGUGGCAGAGAAAAGACUUCCUGUGGAUGGGUGGCCAGAGUAUUAUGAUACUCGAAAUGGAAAGUUUAUAGGGAAGCAGUCCCGGCUCAUGCAAACCUGGACUGUUGCUGGUUUGCUGACCUCGAAGAUGCUUUUGGAGAAUCCAGAGAAGGCAUCCUUACUGUUCUGGGAGGAGGAUUUUGAGAUCCUUCAGUCCUGUGUCUGCAUGCUCAAAAAGAGUGGGAGAAGGAAGUGUUCCCGUUUUGCUUCAAGGUCUCAGUCUGCUGUCUAAGGGGAAGCAGCACCUGCUCUACCCUGCAUAUUUACCUCUUUCUUCGGGCUGUCUGGUGGCACCAAUGGCCAACCCUCUGAUUAAAAUAAUUCAUUUAUUUAGGUUAGAGUUCACAACUUAACGCCAAAACUUCUCCAUUUAUUAUGACGAUCAUACAAUUAAUCUAAGCCGUUUGUCUUGUUAUUUGAUGACAACGGCUAGCUUUUAUGUAGUCACGUUGUAUCAUUAGUUAUGCAGACAAAAUUCCGCCCAGACGCUCAUGACUGGUUGAUUAUAGUUGACUUGUUAAACGUUAUCUUCCAUCACGGCCUUGGUCGUGUCAGAUGCGAU